AUGGGCCAAUCCCCCGAGGCGCCGUGUUUAGACAUGCUGAUGGGGGUGUCCAAGCUCCAAUUACUUUUCUCCACCUUGGACUGGACAGGUGAUAAAAGUGGCCACACACGUGGCGGCGCCGACAUUCAUUCUUUUGCUGAGUCCUCCUGUCCACAGGGCGGUGUGAACUGCUUUCGUCAAUCACCCUGGUCGCUCGUGCAGUUACAUGAAAGCCGGGGUCUUAUCAAACCCACUCAUCAGGCAGCCGCGGGAAGUGGUCAGCCCCCAAAACCACCACCACCACCACCCUCGUCCCCCUAG